UUAUAAGCCUAUCAUUUACUCAGUACUCACCCACCCCUUCCCUUUCUCUCUUCACGUAUACCCCCAUUCUUUUUUGACAACGGAGCAUAAUCAUCGACAUAGUUUCCAGGAAGAGAAGGUUUCGGACCCUCAUUCAAUGGUCGAGCACUGGUUGGCAGUUCUGGUUCCCUUCACUUCCUGUAAAAGGAAAAGAAAGGUUCAAAAGCAAGUCAAGUGUGAUAUAUUGAGCAUUGUGUGCGCGGGCAUAUAUAUGGAGCUGUUACUUACUCACGAAGAAUGGAGAAAAGGUGUUGUGUAUUGACAUAUUUCUAGAUUGAUGAUUGAUAGUUAGGUGCCACUCAUUGCAGAAAGGAGCAAUGCCUUUGGCUUUGGGGAGCUUCCAAAAUCAUCAGACUUAUAUACAAAUAUAUAGUGUAAUUUUCAUUAAAGGGUGUUCUACUCUUCUUAGGGGUGGAGUAUCCGGGAAUAUAAAAUGACAGGAAUUGACAUGAACAUUUUUUUGUAAUAAUUAAUGGCUUUAAUUUCAUGCUUUUGACCAGAUUUGAAUCCCACCUUCCGCCCCUAAUUGAUUUGCAGCUUUUAAGAUUUGAAU